AUGAAUUUGGAUCCACACAACAAACCAGGAAGUCAUUGGAUUGCAGUAUACAUUGAUGCAGAUAAAGAUAAAUCAGUAGAGUAUUAUGAUUCAUUUGGUCAAGAACCAACCGAUGAUUUUAUGAAACAAUUAAAAGAUUUAAUUGAUGAAAUCAACCCAGAUUAUUAUUUAAAAUUCAAAUUAAACAAAGUCAUUGAUCAAUCAUCAAAUAGUACUACAUGUGGAUAUCAUGCAAUUAAAUUUUUAUUAAAUAGAUACAAUGGAAAUGAAGAGAAAUUAAAGAGAAGACAAGUAAAAGACGAGAGAUCAAAUACUUUACAAUCAAAAGUUAACAGAAAAGAGAAUAGAAGAAUUGGAAGAGAUGAUUAA